UAGAGCAUUUUAAGCAUCUUCUUACAUUGAAGUCGCAAAGAAAGGGGCGAAGAAGAACAGCAGAUUUUGUUUGUUUUUCUUACAUUUCAUGGGGUUUUAGUAAAAGGGUAUGCGUAAAACUUCGCCCAACCACAUUCAUCCACCUGAGAAUUAGGGUUUAGGAUUUGAGGAUUUGAGGAUUUGAGGAUUUGAGGACUUGAGGAUUUUAGGAAUGGCUUCGCUUUCAACUUGGUUCCGGUACAUAGCUCACAAGCUCGAGUACUCCGUUUCUCUCAGUUGGAAGAACUAUAAGGGAGGUCAAAUUACUGACAAAGAAGUAGGUGAUGCUGUCUGGAAGAAUUUACUUCAGGGAAAGCUCACAUACCUACACUGGUUUAAAGGAGUGGAGAUGGCCCUAACUGUAGGUGAGACAGGAGGAACACUUCUCGUACGCAAAUUACCUGUGGCAAAUCCAACGAGUGUUUUUGUUGGAGACGUCGUGGUCGUAAAGGAGCCAGAGAAACCAGAGAACUAUCUUGUCAGAAGAUUGGCUGCAGUUGAAGGGUAUGAAAUGUUGUCUACUGAUGAGAAGGAUGAACCUUUCAUCCUUGAGAAGGAUGAGUGCUGGUUGUUGGCCGAAAAUGAGAAGUUGAAGCCCAAGGAAGCAUACGACAGCCGAACAUUUGGUCCGGUUCCAAUGUCGGACAUUGUAGGCAGAGCCAUAUAUUGCCUACGAACAGCGGUCGAUCAUGGCCCGGUGCAGAAUAGUUAUUAUAGCAUGAAAAGGGAUUCACCUAUAUUGGAAAUUGAACUGGACGUUGACGAGAUGGCGAAAAAUCACAAGGCCUGAAAGAGAGAAUAGUAUCAGAUCUGGGCUGUUGCAGGUGAACUCCAAAUUUUUAUUUUUAAGAUGGAUUUGGGGAUAUUCAGUUCCAAAUGGGUUCCAAUCUACUUUGUUCUACAA